AUGGCCGGCUUUGACGUUAACCUCGGCGCCUUGCUGGUCUCGCUUACCACUUACGGUGGUCUUCUCUAUGAGAUGAUUGAUAAUCGUCUCCGCGACAAGGAGAACAAGGACACCCAGGUGGGCCUUGGUGAUCGUAUCGGUGUUCUGGAACGCCAGGUCGUCAACGUCACUCAGGCUACCAUUAACAACAACAACAAAGCGCCCAAGUUCGACACUCAAGUCAUCAAUCUGGAACCCAGCAUCGUUGGAUACGCCUACCUCGCUUUCAUCUUGACUCUGGUGGCUUUCUUUUCUUAUAUUAUCUGGCAACAGUACAACGACCUGAUGCGUCUUUAUGGCAAAGAGCUCGGUUACCUCCAUGAGAUCAGCGCUCUCCGCCAGAGACUUGUCUUCGCCGAGAAGGAAGUCGAGGGCAAGAGGAAUCUGGCUGAGCUGCGCGAGAAGGAAGCCAACGAGGCCAAGGUCAUGAUGACCGAGUACAGGAAGGCGGCCGAUGACAACAAGGCUGCCGCUGACAAGGAGAAGACCAAGGCCGAGACUACCGCCAAGGAGACCAGCAACCACGUCUGGGAGCAGGCCCUUGCCGUCAACGAACUCAUGCAGCUCGUCAAAGAGAAGUGCGUCGAGACCGACGGCAUCGUCGCCGACUUCAAGACUGACAAUGUCAACAUCAAGAAGCUCGUCAAGGACGUCACUGGCGCUCUCCCCCGCGUCGAGGCCGAGGCCUUCCAGCGUGGAAAGGCUGCUGGUCGCGCCGAGAUGCUCGAGGAGAUCGAGGGCGUCAAGGCCGAGUAG